AUGGAGUCUUUCUCCAAAGGCGAAGACAAUGGAUUGGGGGAACUAGUUCUCGAAGAUGCUAGAGAUAUCACGACACAUGUCAUCACCAUCGAAGACGAUCCAUCGCUCAAUCCUUGGACAUUUCGUGCAUUUUUCUUGGGAAUCGGACUCAGCGCCUUUGGAGGUGUUUUGGCCGAAAUAUACUAUUUUAAACCUCAAACAGUUUUAGUUUCCACCAUGUUUUUGGCCAUCAUUUCAUACCUCCUUGGUAUGGGAAUGGACGCCUUCACUCCCAGUGUCGGACCUUUCAAAUGGUUGAAUCCUCACCCAUUCAACAAAAAAGAGAAUGCAUUCAUUGUCAUCAUGUCUAGCGCUGCUGCAACGUCCGCGUUGGGAACCGAGGUCCUUGCGGUUCAGAGAUUGUUCUACAACACAACACCCAACGGCGUUGCCUCCGUCUUCUUACUUUUCUCAAGCCAGCUCUUAGGGUACGGUCUGGGGGGUCUUUUUAGAGGAUCAUUGCUCUACCCUUCGAAGAUGCUUUAUCCAGCCGCUGUACCUUUGGUUUCCAUGUUUGAUACACUGUACAAAGAUCACCAUACCGGUGCCAAUUACAAAAAGUUCAGAAUGUUCUGGAUUGCCUUCUUUGCGAUUUUUAUCUGGGAAAUGUUUCCUGAAUAUAUUUUCCCUUUGUUGACAGGAUUUUCUGUUUUCUGUCUGGCCGAUCAAAACAACUCCGUUUUUACGAACAUCUUUGGGGGUUCGAACGGAAAUGAGGGCCUCGGUUUAUUGAGUAUUUGUUUUGACUGGCAAUAUAUCUCCGGUGGCAUCAAUCCAAUGACUAUCCCGCUGAAGGCGCAAGUCUCCAAUUUUCUUGGAUACAUUCUUUGCAUACUGGUUUUCUCUGCCGUUUACUACCGCAAUAUCUGGGAUGCUCUAGCACUUCCAUUUCUGUCUCAAGAGUUAUUCUAUGCCAACGGCACGCUUUACAACCAGACCCUUAUCUUGAAUGAAAAUUUCGAGGUUGACCAGACCCUGCUCCAAGAACAAGGCUUACCUUUCUAUGCUGCUACUUGGGUUGUCCAACUUCUUACCACCAAUCUCGGAAUGGCGGCAACGUUCACUCAUUUACUACUGUGGAAUCGUGAGGACUUGCGAUUAGCCUGGUCUUGGGCGUCACCGUCAAAAAUCAAAAGAAGUUUCACCAGUCCCAACUGGAAGUUUUGGGAAGACCCUGGACUCAGAAACGCAGCUGAGGAGGAAGAAACCGAUCCUCAUUACCUUGAAAUGCUGAAGUAUCCCGACGCACCGAAUAGUUGGUACUUCGUUGUUUUAGUAAUAUCUAUUGUCAUGGCGCUCGUUUUAAUCUACGAGACCAACUCUACUCUACCAUGGUGGGGUUUUUUUAUUGCACUUCUACUAUCUGCCAUCUCCAUCGUGUUCUUCGGCGCUUUAUACGCCAUGACCGGCUUACAGUUCAUCAUUCAACCCUUUGUACAGAUGAUUGGUGGUUUUCUACAUCCUGGAAAGCCAAUGGCGAAUAUGUAUUUCGUCCUUUUUAGUUACAAUUCAGUCAACCAGGCACAACUUCUCCUCCGCGAUCUCAAAAUUGCUCAGUACACAAAAUUACCUCCUCGAGCAGCAUUCACUGCGCAGAUCAUCGGGACUCUGUUCGGAGCGAUCUUAAACUAUGUUUUAAUGAACUCCAUCAUCGACAAUCAGAGAGAAAUUUUGCUUUCUAUCGAGGGUACUAACAUCUGGAGUGGUCAACAGCCUCAGCAAUACAAUUCCCAAGCUAUUGCUUGGGGAGGUCUAGCUCACGAACUAUUCGCAAACGGGAAACGAUAUCAAUGGGUAGCAUGGGCCUACGUUGUCGGUCUUGUCGUUCCGGUCCCCUUUUGGCUCGUUCACCGCUAUUAUCCAAAAUUGCGCGCUGACUAUUUGUAUACGCCUGUCAUAUGUUAUUACAUCGGAUGGCUUUGUGUGGGGAUCAAUUCCUCAAUAUUGGCAUACUUCUCUGUAGCAUUUCUGUCACAAUGGUGGUUGAGAACUCGAUAUCCUAAUUGGUUCGCCAAAUACAACUAUAUUCUUGCUGCUGCAUUGGACGGAGGAACCCAAGUUAUGGUCUUUGUGUUAUCUUUCGCUGUUCAAGGAGCGGCAGGGACCUCUCAUCUAUUCCCGCAGUGGUGGGGGGCAAACCAGAAUGGUAAGUGCGCGGAAGCGAGUCUAAAAAUGUUUUUUCCUGAUUCGCAUAUUUGCUAG